AUGUCGAUGAUAACUGCGUCUGGAAAGACGGCUCGAUGGGUCGAGAACUAUUGCGUUUGGUUAUCAAAACCAUUAACCAAUUGUUCACUGCUGAUCAUUUUGUUAGCGUAUUGGUGUGUGAGCGUUUAUGGAAUAUUGAACGUUAAACCAGAUUUAGCAGAUAAUAAAUUCUUUCUAAAGGAUUCAUCACUACUUGAGGCGAUCACUUAUCGCGAACAAUAUAUUCUGCCAAAGUAUACAUCUGUGACAAUAUUCGUUAGUGAACCUGGGAAUAUGGGCGACAAGUUGCGCAGGAAUCAACUCGAGAAAAUGAUGAGCGAAUUUGAGUCUUUACCUGAAUGUAACGGCGCGCAAUUCAGUCGUUUUUGGAUUCGAGAUUACGAAAAAUUUAUUCAAGCCAGUGAAAUGGAUGAGGAUGACGAGCAGGCGAGCGAUCAGUUAAAAAUGUUUGUUGACUGGCCUGAAUAUUCAUAUUGGGGUGGGUUCAUGCGAUUCGACAACGACACUGGAGAAUUAGUAUCUUUCUUUUCAACAGUUGCGUAUCAUGGCGAAGACCUCUGGCAACCAACGCGUCGUACUGCUCUGUUGAACCAAUGGAGAGCGAUUGCAGAUAACUAUUCGGAAUUCUCAGUGACAAUCUACGAGGAUGAAGCACCGGACUUGGAUGCACUUGACACGCUUGUUACAAGCACAUUCAAAAAUUCAUUCAUAACUCUACUUUGUAUGGCACUUGUCGUUCUCGUAUUCAUGGCGUCCAUAUCAUCACUUCUCAUUACUCUUAUUUCAGUCACAUCAAUCUGUUCUGGUGUUUUCGGGCUGGUAUCUUUGUGGGGCAUUGAUAUCGAUGCAUUUUCAAUGACUGCACUAGUAAUCUCGAUUGGAUUAUCGGUUGAUUUUCCGGCACAUGUCAUCUAUCAUUAUUAUCGAACCGAAGACAGCAAAAGUCUCUCAACAUUCAAACAUCGAAUGCAGUAUACGAUCAGCUCAAUCGGGUUUCCACUCUUCCAGUGUAGUGGAUCGAGUGUGCUGUUCGUUGGAUGUCUGCUUUUCAUACCGUGUUAUCUGAGCGAAGUACGAUCUUACCAAGGCUUUCUACACUACUAA